GAGAUGUGCCACAUGAAUUUCAUCACUUUAGUUUGUCAGACCUCACUAUGUGUGUGUUUCUGCUGUAGACAGUUUACGUUACCGUCUAAGGUGAUCAGUAGUGUGAGUUCUCACAUGGCUUGUCCUGAGAACAUGUUUUUUCUCAUUGGCCUCUUUAUGUCAGGUGUUUUGGACUGUUUUGGUCAACGAGAUUUGAUCACCACAAUGCCAGGUAGACUGGAUGUACUGACUGGCUCCUGUGUGCAAAUCCCAUGUUCAUUUGAUAUUCCUGACCAACAUAAGGAUACAUUUAACAGCGCAAUACUACUCUCUGGAGUGUGGAUUAAAGAAUCCCCAUACUUUGGUGAGCGUCCGGACAAUGUGAUAUUUAACAGUCGUGAGACGGUCAACAGAUAUCAAGGGAAGAUAACUGGAAACAUGUUCCAGAAGAACUGCACCACAGUCUUCUUCAAUGUAACCACCAAUUACACUGAUAAAUACUACUUUAGGAUUGAGAGUCAACCAUACCGUGCAACAGAUCCUGAAAAGUCUGUUAAUAUAGUUGUCAGGGAUUUUCCUUCCAGUCCCAUCCUUACAGUCUCAGGUGAGGUGAAGGAAGGGACCCCUGUCAGCUUGAACUGCUCUGCUGUCGCUCCCUGUCCCGAACACCCCCCUGAGCUGACAUGGACUCUUCCAACACAGUUCACAACUGAGAACCAACUGCAGGAGAAUCCAGACCAAACCAAAUCAGUUCUCUCCACGGUGACCUUCACUCCGUCAUACCUUCAUCAUGAGAAGAACAUCACUUGUACUGCAGUUUACCCAGUAGGGACAAGCAACAAGACAGCUGAACAUAACAUGAUGCUUAACGUUUCAUUCUCUCCUAAGGACACCUCGGCCUUCAUCAGUCCAGCUGAUCCAGUAUCAGUGGGCAGCUGUGUUAAUCUGACCUGCAGCAGUACAGCCAACCCUCCUGUGAUAAACUUCACCUGGUUCCAGAUCUGUGGAGAUAAACCAACACAGGUAGCGUCUGGACAGAGUUACACCCUCAAUGUGACUGUUGGUGAUGGAGGACUGUACUUCUGUGAAGCAAGAAAUAAUCACGGCUGUGGGAAGUCAAAGGAAGUGCAGCUGGCUAUUAAAGGGCAAGAAGUGACUGUUAACACAAUGGCUUCUGGGAUUGCAGCAGGAACUGUGGGGGCCCUUUUGCUUAUCAGCCUGAUCAGUCUUUUUGUAUGGAGGAGAAACUCGAGGCUCCACGAUGGACAUGAAAGGACAGACAGUCCACAGGGACAGAACUCCCCGGUUGGGACAGUGUGUACUAACCAGGCCACAGCCGGAGAGGAACCAGAGGAACCUGCAGAAGACCAGCCUGAAGAGAUCCACUAUGGUGAAAUAGACUUCUCCAAACGACAGACCAAAGAGACCCCAGCUACAGCCCAGGACAGGGUCCAGGGACAGGAGAGUGAGUACGCUGAAGUCAACGUGACUGGGAGUAGGGCCCAGGAACCACCUCUUAACGACCUCGAUGAGCUUUAUGCACAAGUGAAUAAAACAGGUGGAUGUUAAGUAUUUUGCCGAUGAGUAUUAAGUGUUUUUCUGUACAGUAUUGUCAUUGUGUAUCUGUUUCUAUUGGUACUUUUGUUACAUUUAUAAUUGUGUGCUCUUUGAUUAUCUGCAUAUUUGUAGAAUUUUCUGGGAUGAAAAGUGUUUAACUGUUAUUAUAGUGGUGAUAUGAUGAUGCAGGCUACUCUUUAUUUUAGACCAUUUAUUUUGAGUGUUGAGUUCACAGAGCAUCUGUUUAAUGGGUUCCAGUAUAGAGGAACUGCUGAGUUCAACUAGCUCACUGAAGGCUGUUUAAGACCAUAUAAAGUCAAUGAUGACUGAGGAGAGAAGAGACAGUUAGUUGGAGAGACAGUGGUCUGAUACACGACAGGAAGUUGGUGAAGUAAGUCUACAUGAUGGCAGAAUGGUGUUAACAUCUACUAGUUACUGUUUAUCUUCAUCUUUUGUGCAGUUACCAGAAUAACAAUAUUAUAUAUUUUCAGUUUAUACAGUUGAAGUCGGAAGUUUACAUACAGAUAGGUUGGAGUCAUUACAAUUCAUUUUUCAACCACUCCACAAAUGUCUUGUUAACAAACUAUAGUUUUGGCAAGUAGGUUAGGACAUCUACUUUGUGCAUGACACAAGUAAUUUUUCCAACAUUUGUUUACAGACAGAUUAUUUCACUUAUAAUUCACUGUAUCACAAUUCCAGUGGGUCAGAAGUUUACAUGCACUAUGUUGACUGUGCCUUUAAACAGCUUGGAAAAUUCCAAAAAAUUAUGUCAUGGCUUUAGACGCUUCUGAUUAACAUCAUUUGAGUCAAUUGGAGGUGUACCUGUGGAUGUAUUUCAAAGCCUACCUUCAAACCCAGUGCCUCUUUGCUUGACAAAGAAAUCAGCCAAGACCUCAAAAAAGAAAUGUAGACCUCCACAAGUCUGGUUCAAUUUCCAAUUGCCUGAAGGUACCAAGUUCAUCUGUACGAACAAUAGUACGCACAUAUAAGCACCAUGGGACCACGCAGCCGUCAUACCACUCAGGAAGGAGACACGUUGUUCAUCCUAGAGAUGAACCUACUUUGGUGCGAAAAGUGCAAAUCAAUACCAGAACAACAGCAAAUGACCUUGUGAAGAUGCUGGAGGAAACAGGUACAAAAGUAUAUAUUUCCUCAGUAAAACCAGUCCUAUAUCGACAUAACCUGAAAGGUCGCUCAGCAAGGAAGAAGCCAAUGCUCCAAAACCGCCAUAAAAAACGGCAUAAAAAAGAUAGACUACGGUUUGCAACUGCACAUGCGGACAAAGAUUGUAGUUUUUGGAGAAAUGUCCUUUGGUCUAAUGAAACAAAAAUAGAACUGUUUGGCCAUAAUGACCAUUGUUGUGUUUGGAGGAAAAGGGGGAGGCUUGCAGGGGUGGCAGCAUAAUGUUGUGGGGGUGCUUUGCUGCAGGAGGGACUGAUGCACUUCACAAAAUAGAUGGCUUCAUGAGGGAGGAAAAUUAUGUGGAUAUAUUGAAGCAACAUCUCAAGACAUCAGUCAGGAAGGUAAAGCUUGGUCGCAAAUGGGUCUUCCAAAUGGACAAUGACCCCAAGCAUACUUCCAAAGUUGUGGCAAAGUGGCUUAAUAAGGACAACAAAGUCAAGGUAUUGGAGUGGCCACCACAAAGCCCAGAAGAUUUGUGGGCAGAACUGAAAAAGCAUGUGUGAGCAAGGAGGCCUACAGACCUGACAUAGUUACUCCAGCUCUGUUAGGAGGAAUGGGCCAAAAUUCACCCUACUUAUUGUGGGAAACUUGUGGAAGGCUACCCGAAACGUUUGACCCAAGUGAAACAAUUUAAAGGCAAUGCUAACAAAUACUAAUUGAGUGUAUGUAAACUUCUGACCCACUGGGAAUGUGAUGAAAGAAAUAAAAGGUGAAAUGAAUCAUUCUCUCUACUAUUAUUCUGACAUUUCACAUUCUUUAAAUAAAGUGGUGAUCCUAAUUAACCCAAGACAAGGAAUUGUUACUUGGAUUAAAUGUCAGGUAUUGUGAAACUGAGUUUAAAUGUAUUUGUUUAAGGUGUAUGUAAACUUCCCACUUCAACUGUAUAUCGAGGAACUAUUAAUAUAAUUUGGCUAAGAUGUAUUUUGGUCUUAUUGGUCCAACAUUUAACAUUAAAAUGGAUAACAUUGAGAUUUUGUGUCACUGGUCUACACACAAGGUGGAAUGAUGUUUUUAGACAUAAAAAUGAAAAGCUGAAAUGUCUCAAGUCAAUAUGUAUUCAACACCUUUUCUAUGACAAGCCUAAAUGUCACGUCCUGACCUUCCUUUUUUAUGUCUCUAUUUUGGUUUGGUCAGGGUGUGAGUUGGGGUGGGCGUUCUGUUGUUCAUUCUAUGUUUUGUUCUGUGUGGUGUAUUUCUAUGUGUUUGGCCUGGUAUGGUUCCCAAUCAGAGGCAGCUGUCAAUCGUUGUCUCUGACUGAGAACCAUACUUAGGUAGCCUGUUCCCACCUGUGUUUGUGGGUAGUUGUUUUCUGUCUCUGCACCAGACAGAACUGUUUUGUGUUGGUCUAUUUUUUGUUGUUAUUUUGUCUUAGUGUUCUGAGUUAAAAUAAAUAUUAACAUGGACACUUCC